AUGAAUCUCCGACGACACUCCUUAUACCUCCCCGACUUUUGGAAACCAUCCGACUACGCCCCAUCAGAAUACCAAAACCUAGACUACCCAAGAGAACCGCCUCCGGUUUCUCGGCGUCUAGGAGCAGCAUACGUUCGAUCCUAUUCUCAACGACCUGACUCAACCCUAAAAAGAAGAAUUGCUAGAACACAAAGCGAGCGUAAACCGGGCAAUGAUAAUGGUUAUCGGCCGCAGAGAACUGGUUUUGAGAUUCCUCGAAUCCCGGAGCCUCUCCAGAAGGAGGUGAUCUAUACAAACCUGCCGGGAAGCGAUCAUAAUUUGAAAUGGUCAAUGUCGUUGGAAAGAAAACGAAGCUUCAACCAUCACUUGCCAUCUGAAUAUGAGAAUUUGUCUCAGUUCAGCUAUCGUCCAGAACACAAAAGUUGCUCAGAUCUCACGCAACCUUUUGAAAUGUACAAACCAACUACUAUCUCUUUUUCAUACCACAAUUUGAGUCAAGAUCUCGAGUAUGGACCGGGUAUUGUUGAAAAACUUCGCGCUAAGUUCUCCAAACUUUCUGGAGCUCAAAAACAACAACAACAAGAGAAAAAUGUGCAAGCCAAGAAGUACAGCUCGUGUGAUGACUUGCUGUCUGAGUCAGAUGCUGUCAACAAUGUCUUGAAAAGCAAUCAUGCUCCAGUAGAAUUACAACGACGAACAUCUCGUUCGAUUAGCGACAUGUUAGAAAACGAAGAAAUUGGAACCAAACCAUUUGCGCCUCGAAAUGUCAAACUAAACGAAGAAGAGGAGGCAAAGUCAAUAUCGCAACUUCGUCGGCGAUUCGAGAAAAAUGGAGAACAAGUCACGAAAAUGAGAUUUGCGCGAGACCCAGUUCAACUUAUCACAAAGUUCCAACCAGAUCACGUGGAUCCAUGGAGAUCGAAUACCGAAUUAAACCGAACUCCAAUUACACUAACCAACAGCACUUUCAUCUCCCAUAAGCCGCCACCGGUACAAAGACCAAUUGAAGUUCAAUCCCAAGCUCAACAUCACAAAACUUCCAAUAUUCUCAAUGACGCCGAUAGUAAUCAAGGAGAACCAGAAUUUGUACAAAUCGCUCGUCGUCUACGUAGAUUCCAACCAGAACACACACAUGAUACGCCUCCUAGUCCAGCUACAAAUGCUCAUAUUGUUAUAAAUAAUAAUAUUCACAAGCCAACAUCUUUGCCGCCCACGCCUACUCAAACGGCUCCGGUCCGUCCGGCGACUCUCUGUGAGUUCUUCUUCUUUUUUAUUCUCUUUUUUCACAUUAGUCCGCUCUUCAUCACGCUGUUCAUCUCAUUAUUUCUUGCAGCGAUGUGGCAACGCAGACAACCAGAAGUCCCACAAUUCUCGGAUGCGGCCAAGAUAAUCAGAGAGAACUGCGACAUCGCCGUUCUGCCGCCAGACCCACACUCAGCCAGAGUCUCCAAACAACCAAUACCUUCAAUCGGAAGCGAUAUUAGUAGCAGCAGUGGCAGCAGCAUCAGCGGUCGAUCGAACACGCCGAGCGACGCCAGCCCGCCCCCAGAGGAGCCGAAGUCGAAUGUGUUGGAGACUUACGCGCAAUUCCGAAAGACAAUCGUCGACAUCUCUUCUGACAGAACAUCCGCUGUGAACAGUGUCAAAUACGACAACCCAUCGCCGGCAAUAAAAAGUCCGAUUACCACCAACAAUCUUUGGAAGCCAACUAUCAAUAGUCCGUCGUCAAUGUCAUCGGAAUCAUCGACAGUGUCAUCGCCGGCGGUGUCGGCAGCGGCAACCGCUUCAAAACUACCGUUCAUCUCGCGUAAAGUGGAUGACGUCGGCGUCAAAUCAAUGAUCACAUCGAACGUCGUGUCUAUAUCCGUGAAAGCUCCCGUCUCAAACUGGAUUCACUCAAAUUAUGACAAACCGGAGGAUACGCCAACAACACCAACAACUUCUGAAUCGAUGCGAUCAACGGCGCCGCUGAAACCACCGCUAACUUAUUCGCCGUCCUACACAACAACUUCACUAAAUUCAGUCUCACUUUCCUCGAAAUAUGUUGAGGAAAAGUCGAAAACUACUUCUUCGCAUCAGCAACAACAACAACAACAGCCAAUAAACUCUUCACUCAACGGACUGCUUUCUCCACGUGAGAAACCGUACGGAGACGAUGUAACGAUUUUGAAAUCGGAGCCCACUAAUGAAUCCCAAAAGCUCGCUGAACCUACCGCCACUAACAUUAUCGCUCAUCAGGUACCUAUUGUAGCUUUUGUCGAGCCAAAAAACAUUUUAAAAUUAUUAAAGGAUGACUCUGAUACCAAUUCCGAUGGCGAUAGCAACGAUGGCAACGGCUCCUAUGACAUCACUCCAAUGCGUCCAAACUCUCUUGUGUUCACCCGUUUGGCCAAUGAAGAAGAGAUGGGAGGUGAUGGCAAUGUGAUCAGUCGUAGUCUUCUGUCCCUGGUUGCCGAAGAGGAUCUGCCGGAUUUCCUCGUUGCUCUCAACGAGAAGCCGAUCAGAUAUGUUGUCGUCGAGGAAACUGAGAAGCCAAGCACCUCCAGUAUUCUACGCUCCAGAGAUGUUCAAAAAGUGGAAAAAGCGCCAAAGGGAACUACAAGAAUCCGUUUCUGUACAGAGAACCCGAUGGCAUAUGCCUAUCUAGACGAGUAUACAGCUACACGGUCGCUUUCUUGGGAUGAUGGAACAGUCAUUGAGUAUUCUUACUUCAAGGACUUGGAAGCAGCUGAAGAAGCCGCUCUAUCCCAUAAUGACCCUACUUUGGCUCUGAUUGAGCAAUGGGAACAACAAAUUGCGAAUGAUAACAUUCGCCCACUCACCCAUGAUUUGGCGUUUUCCGAUAGCCGAAUAGAACCAACUACGGCUGUGUUUUUCAGGCAACUUCAAGAUGUUAACCAGAAUCAAAAUGCAGCUAAUAAUCGCAAUGCCAUUGGGAACGAAAAUCGCAUUGCAAACCAAAUUCGGAAUCGAGCGUUUGACCGGGCUGCUGGAGAAAGAGAAAACCAAGAGCAACCACGAAUCUCAUUUCUGUUCCGCUUUUUUAUCGGACCACAAAUAAUCAGAUACUUUCGUGCGCGUCGUGAAAUGUACGAGGCUCGUCGGCAGAAUCACGGGCUUCCUCCAGUACGCAAUCAACCGUCGACGUCUGGAAUCGCACCUGCUGCACGCCGCAACUGA